UAUUAAUGGCGGCGAAUUUGUGGUUUGUGAGUGGUUUUGAGUGUCUUUGAAACGUUGUGUGAUAUUUCUUACAUUUAAAACAUCAAACAUUAGCGAAAUGGGGAACACUGACACGAAAUUCGCUUUUAGAAAAGCAGUUGUACAACUUACAACGAAAAAAACGGCUUUAGAGGCUGGAGACGAUGCGUUUUGGGCUCAGUUCUGGACGGAUCCAAGCGUAUCAGUCAGUGACAUCUUCACCCUUAUUCCAGCUACGGAAAUUCGUUCGUUACGGGACGACAACCCAUCAAACUUAGCUACACUUUUGUACAAGUGUGUGGAAAGAAUUGUAAAUGCAAGAGCCACAUGCUGUACAGGUCCACAAGAACAUAUUAUAGUUUUAAAUUGUGUGAACAUUUUAACACGAGUCAUCCCAUACAUAUUCGAGGAUCCUGAUUGGAGAGGAUUCUUCUGGUCAACGGUCCCUGGUGAAGUUGGUGACUUAGAUCAUGCUGGUGGUUUGACAGGCAGAGAAAUGAACACAGAUUCUUCUCCACCCAUGGCUCAGUCUUUGUUAAAUGCUUUAGCGGACUUGCUAUUUUGUCCAGAUUUCACGGUUCAAGCUACAAAAAGAGUUGGUCCAGAAAACCCAGAGGAUCUCUCCACAAUUGAUAGUUGCGAAUACAUUUGGGAGGCUGGUGUUGGUUUUUCUGUAUCUCCUGCGCAUAAUCUUCAGUUUGACAUUAACCGAGUUGCAAUAUUGAAACUUCUCCUGACAUGUUUCUCUGAGUCCAUGUAUCUCCCACCUACACCUGAAAAUCAAGCGUUACCCAACAAGUGGCUCGCCCAUUUCUCUUCAUCAGAGAACAGGCAUGCCUUGCCACUUUUUACGUCGCUGUUAAACACAGUCUGUUCCUAUGACCCAGUCGGGUAUGGUGUCCCUUACAACCACCUGAUGUUCAACGAUACAAGAGAACCACUGGCAGAGGUCGCCUCACAGCUCCUGGUUGUGCUGUUAGAUCAGAACAGCGAGCAAAGUCAUGGCGUUGUUGCAGAGAGCAGCUCUGAGGAGGGAGUCUUAGAACAGACACCAGAGCUUGGUGCACAAGAAAACCUGUUUUGCAAUUAUUUGUCUCGUAUUCAUCGUGAAGAGGAUUUUCAUUUCAUUCUCCAUGGAUUGGCACAGCUUCUGAAUAACCCGCUUAUACAGACGUAUCUUCCUAACUCCACCAAGAAAAUCAACUUUCAUCAGGAGUUAUUGGUUCUAUUCUGGAAAAUGUGCGACUUGAAUAAGAAAUUUCUGUUUUUCGUGUUGAAAAGCAGCGAUGUUUUGGAGAUCUUAGUUCCGAUAUUAUACCACCUGAACGACGCGAGAUCUGAUCAAUCUCGCUUGGGUCUUAUGCAUAUUGGUGUAUUUAUUUUACUCUUACUCAGUGGGGAAAGAAACUUCGGUGUUCGUCUCAAUAAACCGUAUUCCGUGAGGAUACCAAUGGAUAUACCGGUAUUCACGGGGACUCAUGCGGAUCUCUUGAUCAUCGUAUUUCAUAAAAUUAUAACGACUGGACAUCAAAGACUUCAGCCCCUGUACGAUUGCCUUCUGACGAUUGUCGUUAACGUUUCACCAUACUUGAAAUCUCUGUCCAUGGUCACGUCGAAUAAACUGCUACAUUUACUUGAAGCAUUCUCUACGCCCUGGUUUCUCUUCUCGGGCGCCACAAACCAUCAUUUAGUAUUCUUCCUGUUGGAAAUAUUCAAUAACAUCAUUCAAUAUCAAUUUGAUGGCAAUUCACAUUUGAUAUACGCGAUCAUAAGAAAGAGAAACAUGUUCCACCAACUUGCGAAUCUAUCGACUGAUCCGAGCACAGCAAGACGACCAAGAAGAAGACGGCGGGCCUCAGAAUCAUCCAGUGAAGAGGAGGAGGAUAAACCAAUUGCAGACAAACUACCAGAAAUCGAAGCGCAAGUGGAAGAAGUGCACAGAACUGUUGUCGAUGGCGAUUCAAGUGACAGCGAUGAAGGGUCAGCGGCAGCCUCCGGUAAUCAGUCGGUUACGUCGAAAGAAAAUAAUUCGUAUCGCAAAGUGAUUGGUCGCUCGCAAUCUGUCUCGAGUACUGGUUCAUUCGUCGCCACCUCUGAAUGGAUCCAGUCGUGGAAACAAAAGCUGCCUUUGCAAACGAUCAUGAGAAUGUUGCAAGUUCUUGUGCCUCAAGUGGAGAAAAUAUGCAUUGACAAGGGAUUAACAGAUGAAUCGGAGAUCUUAAAGUUUCUCCAACAUGGUACAUUGGUUGGUCUACUACCAGUACCUCAUCCUAUCCUAAUUAGAAAAUACCAGGCGAACAGUGGCACCCAGAUGUGGUUCCGUACGUACAUGUGGGGUAUUGUCUACCUAAGGAAUAUCGACCCACCAAUUUGGUACGACACUGACGUGAAACUCUUUGAAAUUCAACGAGUCUAAUAGCAAGAAUUAGAAUGACUAAUAUCCAUAAUUAUCAAUCGUGGAAUAAAUAUUUAAAUAUCUGAUUUUUAAGAUGUAAUAGAUAUAGCAUGUAUAUUUAAAUGUAUGACAAAAUAGGAGGUAACACUUCCGGUAUCGGGUCUGAGUCCGGGGUUAAAAUUCGGAGGGGCGGUUGUUCGUAGCCCGAAUACCCGUAAUAUCCUGAACUAAAUUGAUGACAUGUGAACAUUAAAAGUAUUAAAAUUCUUUAAAAUUCACUGGACAUAUUCUCAAGACAACAGUACAAAUUAUUUCAAUAUUUUUUUGGCCACGUUGCCUUGCAUUGCUCCUCAUAAACGAAUCAUUUUCAAAGUAAAACGCACGUUAGUGAAGAAUAAACUGAAACGAUUAAACAUUCCAUUAAAUUAUUUUAAACUCAUCAUUUGCAUAUUGAAUUAUUGUAUUCUGCCGGUGUAAAUAGAAAUGUCUAAUAUUCAUUUAACGAUAGAUUGAUUUUCUUAAAGCAGCUGAUAAAAUAUUUGCAAAUGAAUAUUUGAGCAAACAUUUACAGGGUGAGUCAAAAAAACUGACACCUUUGAAAUUCAAAUUAGCCGGGAACUUCUUGCUGAAUAUGACAAUUCUCAUGUGUACAAUCAACAAAAACGAUUUGAUAAAACUGUUCUUUUUUAUUUACGCAGCUUAGAAUGCAUUUUAACUCCCAAAGGGAACAAACUUUAUGUUUUAGGUUAAUUGAUAUGAUAUUCUUCGUAUACCUAUGAGAUAUUUUAGGCAACUUCUGUCACAUUACAGCCGCUAUGCAGUUAAUUUGAAUUUCAAAGAUGUCGGGGUUUUUUCACUCACCCUGUACAAAUACGGAGUAAUCUUUUUUUGCGUUAUUUUAUUUGUGUUUACUUGCUCAACCUGAACAAAUAUUCAUUUAACGAGAGAUUUUAAUUUAAAGUGUGGUCCCUUUUUGAAAAGAAUCGCUUCUUUCAGUUGGAACGAAAUUAACACCACAACAUGCAAAUAAUAGCUUUUCAUAUCUUAACGGAAAUCUUUUCAAAUCU